GAACAUCAAAGUUAAAUGCCCAAAGGGGUAAUUAAGUGAUUAAUUAAUUAAAUUAAAUUUAGGUAAAAUGAUCAUAUGAUUAAACGUAACGAAAUGACUAAUUAAUCAUUAAUUAGUCGAUCAAUCAAUUAAUUAGAUGUCGCAGCAAACGGUGCAGCAGGCGAACUCGGCAGGAGAAGAAGAUCAAAAGCCAGCGGCGGGUCACGUGGCCCAAUCAACGGUAUCCCGACGAGGUGCCUCGUCAGAUGAGGGGAACAAGGGAGGAGGAGGAGGAGGAGGAGGAGGUGAUAGUUCGACGACUCCGCGCUGCGAUCGUUUGCUGCGCAGCCUGGAAGACUGCCGCUAUAAGCAUCGGCGCGCUCCAUCGUCUGAUCGCAGCCUCAUCUGCCGCCACGUGGAGCGAUCUGCUGCCCUGUGUUUGAUUUCCUCUAUCUGCGGUCCCGAGCUGGACCGCGUCCAGACGGCGUGUGGAACAAGUGGGACUGCUGCUAAAGUGCGGAGGUGCCAGCUUGCAAAAAAUGAUCUUAAUUAUUGCUUGAUGAGUCACCAGGACAGCGCUGAGCAGUCCGACAGCGGCUCUUGAGAGAUAGAGAGAGGAAGAGGUUGUGGAGGUGCUCGCAGGUGGACUGGGGGGGCGGUGGGUGUAAGGCGUGGCAGUGGCAAGAAUGGUGUUUUGGGUAUUUGGCUAUGGCUCCCUCAUUUGGAAAAGUGGAUUUGAGUAUGACCGCCGAGUCGUGGGCUUCAUCAAGGACUACGUUCGGGUCUUUCACCAAGGUAGCACAGAUCACCGGGGAACAGAGAGCGCUCCUGGGCGAACAGUCAGCCUCCAGAAGAAGAAAGGGGGUGUAACGUGGGGUGCAGCAUAUUGCGUUGACAGAGACGAGGAAGAGGAGCAGCGCAUCCUUGCAGUAAGGGAACUGAAACAUGAAUCCAACCCCUUUUGUC